CUUCAUACGAUGGAUAUGGUGUAGUUGCUGUAAGUCAUGGUAAUGCGCGCAGCAGAAGGAGACAAGCGCUUCGGAAGGGGGACAAAUCUAACCAAUAAAGGAUUUUAAAGGGGAAUCUAUCGCUAAGGAUUCUGUCACUCACUCUGCGAGAUGCGUCUCUCACGGAAACGCUGGACUAUUUGCACAAUAAGCAUCCUGGUGAUCUUCUACAAGACGAAAGAAAUAACUAGAAGUGAAGAACAUCAGGAAGCUCAAGUCACUGGCGACAGUGAACUCGGCACUUCAAGACUUAUGGUCAAUAGUUCGGAGAAAAGCAGCAGGAGUGGUGUGCCUUCCUUUUUCCAGCACUCGGUCGAAGGAUGGCGGGUCAAUUCCUCACUAGUUCUCAUGAUAAGGAAGGAUGUCCUGCGUUUCCUGGAUGCUGAGAGGGACGUUUCGGUUGUGAAGAGCAGUUUCAAACCAGGCGACACUAUCCACUACGUCCUCGACAGACGCCGGACGCUCAACGUCUCCCACACGCUUCACAGCCUGCUACCAGACGUCUCUCCGCUCAAAAACAAGCGCUUCAGAACGUGCGCGGUGGUGGGCAAUUCCGGUGUGCUUCUCAACAGCGGAUGUGGCAAGGAAAUCGACAGCCAUGACUUUGUCAUACGCUGUAACCUGCCGCCGCUGUCCGAGUUCGCCGAGGACGUGGGGCUGCGGUCCGACUUCACCACCAUGAACCCCUCUGUCAUCCAGAGGGCGUAUGGCGGCCUGAAGAACGCCACGGACACAGAGAGGUUCGUCCAGCGCCUGCGGGGGCUCAACGACAGCGUUCUGUGGAUCCCGGCCUUCAUGGUGAAGGGAGGAGAGAGGCACGUGGAGAGCGUCAACGAGCUAAUCGUCAAGAGGAAGCUGAGGGUGAGGACGGCCUACCCGUCACUGAGGCUCAUCCACGUGGUGAGAGGGUACUGGCUGACAAACAAAAUCAAUAUCAAACGGCCCAGCACCGGAUUGUUGAUGUACACUUUGGCCACGCGCUUCUGCGACGAGAUUCACUUGUAUGGAUUCUGGCCCUUUCCGCGGGACGCAAAUGGAAAUAUGGUGAAGUACCAUUACUACGACAUGCUCAAGUAUCGAUACUUCUCCAACGCAGGCCCUCACAGGAUGCCACUUGAGUUCAAAACGCUGAAAAUGCUGCACAGCAAAGGAGCUCUGAAGUUGACAACUUCGAAGUGUGAAUCUUAAAGUGCUCUUCCUCGACAGAGUGCCAGUUUGUGGCGCACACUGACACUUUGUUUGCGUUGCUAGAAAGCACACAAGGCUGUAAGACUGCUGAGUUGAUUAUGAAUAAUUGCAAAAGUAGUAAGUAAAAGUGAGCGUGCCUUUUUUUAAACUAACAAUAUAAAGGUACAAAACAAAGAAUGUAAUUGAAAAAUUAUUAGUCUAUAUAAAUGUCAGGUUUGGCAUUGUAAGCAUCAUGGCUGAGAAAUCAGGAAAUCAAUUCUUUGGAUGGAGCAUCAGAGACAACCAGAUUGAUUACAAUACCAUGGAUUUCUACAUUGGUCAUUACAGUAGUUGUCUAGUAGACAAAGCACAAAGACCAACUGCUAAAAGCAGCGGUGGACGCGGUGUGUUAGCGAUUACCUGCUGGGUGUCGACCAAUGGUGGCGAUUCAACAUGCGGAAUCAUCAGGAAAUGAACAGAAAAUGACAGUCCAAGGGGAUAUUCUGGUCAGAGGCAAUAGGACGGCCCCCAGCAAACAUUAACUCCAUUGGCCCCAUGUGGGUAUUCGGUGGGCAAGCCCACAUCUGCCCGACACGAGCUAGCCCACAACAAGUCCAACACAGGCUACCCCACACCAAGCCCACAUCAGCCCAUACCAAGCCCACAUCAGCCCAACACAGGCCAGCCCAAUGCAGGGCUUUCCCACACCAAGCCCACAUCAGCCCAACACAGGCCAGCCCAACGCAGGGCUUUCCCACACCAGCUCAACGCAGGACUAGCCCAUAUCAGUCCACCUGAUCUUGGACACUGCCAAUGAUGAAGUUUUAAAAUAAAAACUUAAAUGAGUGACAUGAGAAAGUAGUGUUUCUGAUGUAAUGUAACAAGUUCCCUAAAUACCUUUUUAAGGCUUGAAAAUGAUCAAAUGUAUGCCAAUGUGGGCAUGUUCGCUGGGCCACCCGCUGGUUUCAACCGUUUUCGUCGCCAUAGCGUGUUUUGUCAGUAGGAAAAAGCAGAGAAUACAGGUUAUGCCCAGUAAAUUAGAUUUUGGGAUAUUUAAAAAAAAAAGAAUGUGCCCAGAGAAGUUGAUUCCAAAGAUCUCAUGCCAAUUUAUUUGCCCUCACUACAAAACAAGGUUAUGUUCUUCACAGCUGAACUUUCUAGGAAUUAGAAGCCUCAGGGCAAAAUUAUUUUUAUAUUUGUCUAGAUGUCAGAUUAAUUUAUACAUUUUCAAUAUGUAUGCUGUUUCAAAGUGAUUAAUCUCAUGUUAUCUGAACACACCUUUUGUAAACUUGCAUGUUAAAGGGGAAUGGAAACGUACUUCAAGUUAGGCCUUUUUAGACAAUUGUUAUUAAUUUGUAUGCAUUAUUGGACUUUAUACAACAGGUGGGUCUAAUCCUGAAUGCUGAUUGAUUGAAACCGCAUUCCAGUCGGUGUCUUUUCCACAAAUUAUCACCGGCUAAAUCUAUGACGUUAAAAUGCCUAUUUACUCUGUUCCAUCUAACUGCGCAAUCCACUGUCUCAUCAGCCCAGCCAGGCAAUUUAUAUACUUGAUCUCCACUAUAAAAAGCAUCGAGACAUUAUCUCACAUUUCUUUUAGACUAACAUUUAGUUUUCAACAACGACGAUUUGUAUAAACCUUGCUGUCUGUCUCUCCUACAUUUGCAACAUUGUUUCAGUAUUCAAAUUCGAUCUCCAGCUGUCCGAAAGUAAUGAAUGUGUUGGGAGUCGGUAUGAGACAGACAGACAGCGUUUCUCAGCCAGUUGAAAUCAUGAAUCAGCUGGCAUAAUUUUCAUGGAUAUAUACAAAGAAAUGUAAAUUGAAAAAAGGUCAAACGAAAGGAAGUGCAGGUAGUUUGCAGUCUUUCCAGCUUCAGUUUGAAGUGAUUGUGUUAGCUGUGUUGUUGGCUAGCUCCUCUGAACAACAGUGUCCUGACGAGUGAGCACAUUUUCUAUGCCAGGCGAAAUCGCGCCUCAUUAGCUCAUUGUUAUGGAUGUAUCCAAAUAAAUGUUACUAGAAAACAGCGUAAACAAAUGCAAAUGAAGCUACUUUGUUGUUUUUCUGGCUGAACUUUUUGACGUGACUGUAAGUUAGCCGUAGUUGGCUAGCUAGCAAGCAAGGGAUAAGAACAUUGCCAGCCAGUAUGGCAAUGGAGCAUUUAGAAAGAUUGUCCAUAGAUAGAGAACAAAAAGACUGAACGACUGGGUCGCGUCCAUAGAUACAGAACAUAAAGACUGAACGACUGGGUCACGUCUCUGGCAACCGAACCGAUAGAACGAACGACCAGCCGGCCUGGGUAGCAACCCCUAGAUUUGUGUCGGGACUAUACCUUGUGAAAGGAUAAAAUUGUAUGAAUAAAUUAAUCAAAAUAAUGUUUUUAAUGAAAAUAUGUUAAUCAUUAUUUGAAUAUGUUGUAUAAAAGUGAUAAUGCCCUCGAAACCGGUUUUUGGAGGAUAUAUUGAAGAAGUCUAGGGCGUAACAGCACCCGUGCCAAUAUAUCCUCCAAACACUGGCUUCUCGGGCAUUAUCACUUAAGCAAAGUAUUGCACCUUGCGGUGUGGUGCGUUGUGAGGUUACAAAGCGGUUGCAGAGCCUCUACAGAUGACCCCCGGGGGAGUAUAAAACUGAUUCAUCUGAUCCAGUUAAUUAAACCUUACCAUUCCCCUUUAAACAGAGCUGAAUGUAAACACAGCCUAAUACCAUUGGAAUCAAUUGGCCUAUGAGCCACUGCAAGUCUAAAAAUGUAUAAGAAAAAAGCUGAUAGAAAAGAGGUAGAGGUAUGGAAUUUUAUGUAAGCCUAUGAAUUAUUCAUUAGCAAUCAGAUCUUUCGGUGAUUGUUCUUAGUAACAGGAUUGUUCUUAGUAACAGGAUUCAACAUCAGUCUGUUUCACUGUUGAAUCUCUUUCAUAUCUCACACAGAAGUACCUCUUAGAUAUUUGAUAUAUUUGAACUGCUGCAUGCUCAUGCUAUCCUGUAGUAACUUCAACUUCCUGUAUUUACAUAAUGUCAAGACAACUGCCCUUUCCCAGGUUCUUUAAUAGGCUUGAAUGUAACGCAUUUAUCUCACAAUAUGGAUGAUGUCAUGCAAAUGCUAACGAAUGUUCAAAAAGAUCUGCCUCGAAGAGCCAUUGUAUGCUCAAGGAAUUCUUAAUUACAUUUUCUUUACAUGCCAAUUAAAUUUUUUUAUUUUAUUUUUUAUUUUUUACUCUCAGUAUUUUGAAAGUCCAGUUGCUUACAGCUAAAAGAUUGUAUGUAUCUAGGGGCCUAUAUAUGAAAGUCUGGGACCGUAUUCAUAAAUCUUCCCAGAGAAGUAAUGCUAGUCUGGGACCAUGUCCUCUCUGUCCAUGUACUGUUUUUCUGAUCUAAAAGGAAAAACUGAUCCUAGAUCAGCACUCCUACUCUGAGCUGCUUUAUGAAUACGGGCCCUGGACACCAGUGGAGACUGGAGCCCAUCCUCCUAACUUCUCCUUCCACCAGCCUCCACUGCAAGACACCAACUUCUGGUAUGUGGUGGCAUAAAUUAUGUAAAAUGUCCAAAAACUUUGCUUUGUAAUGAAUAAUACUGAUGUAAUUGGAUAUGUGGCAGGUCAUUUGUAAGUGAACCAUUGUCAAUGACAAUGACCUAGACAGAAUGUGAAAAUGUACAUACAUGGUAACAUUGAAUAAGGAAAACAAUGAAUGUUAAUUAAUUUAUGGUAGGCUAACCAUUAUAACGAGACAUAAGGUUAAAUAACUUUCUUCAAUACUGCCACAAGCCUUUGAAAUGACUGAAAUUGUUACGCCUCGUUUGCUUUGUUACACCAUGUGUCAGUUUUUGACUGUUCAUAAAUAUGUAAUUUAUACAAUUCUUGUUUGAUGUUGAAUAUGUAACACCUGUAGUUUGAGUCAAUCCGAUCAGGUGCUGAAUGUUGUGGUAGAUUUUCAUCCUUUUUGGUAAAAUUUGAUACCAUUUGUUUUACAGCUUCUUUUUUAUGUCAGUUUUCUAUGUUUGUGAAAAUGCGUUUUAGAAAAGUUAAUAAACUUGUAAAUUGAA